AUGAUUUCAUUAAAAUCAAUCGUUGGUGAAGUUCGUCGUGAAAACCUUUUAGAAGAAUGGGAAAAGAAGAAAGCUGCAUUGCUUGGACAAAUUCCCAAGGUCGAUACACCUGCUAUUAAACGAAAUAAACAAAAAGGUAGAUCAAAACCUGGCCGAAUCGAGGCAAAAAAGCAAAAUAUACACUUUGAACGUAAAAUGUUUACUAUCAAAGAAGUUUUAGGUGUACGGGAAGCAGAAGAGAAGUUACGACGAAAAGUUUCUUACAAAAAAAUUAAUGAUAUAAGCACAUUACCGAGACCUAGUGAAGCUUUAGUAACAAAGAAGAAAUUAUCGAAAAGACGCACAAACACUGCUCUUGAUGUGUUGAUUCCACCAAAAGAAUUUUAA